AUGGUAAUUAGUUGUAUGCUUGGACUGGUAGCAGCUGUGCAGACAUGUCUUAAGGACAGUGAUUGCCUAGCCAAAUCAAGGCCAGAUGUCCACUCAAUGUUUUGUGUCAAUAAUGUGUGUCAAAGAAUCCUAUCACCAGGAAAGCAUUGCACCAGGCCUACUGAAUGCUCUUCAUAUUCCUUCUUUGGGCCAUUGGCUUGUACUGGAAAGUGUAAAAUCGAGAGUGAGUGCGAAUAUGGUAGGGAUGACAAUCUAGAUUCUAUGUAUUGCUGCAGAGGUAUUCCUGAGGGAAAAGAAUGCAAUCCAAACAGGCCUGGCUCUCUUAGCGGAUGUGACAUGACCCAGUCGUGCCUUAUGGGGAAAAAGGGGUUUUAUGAGUGCGUUCCUGAUAAAUCAAGAUCCUGGAUAUUCGGGGUGUUCCUAUCGAUAAGUGGAAACAUUGGGAUAAAUGUUGGUAUAAAUCUUCAGAAGAAGUCAUACAAGCAAUCCCAUAUAAGGUUAUUUAACAUGAAUCUACAGACAUUUUAUGCUGGAUGCUUUAUAUAUGGACUAGGGAAAAUUUUUGGAUACUGCUCAUAUAUUUUUGGAAAUCAAUCGCUGAUGGCAGUGCUGAGUGCAACCGGACUUGUUUCGAAUAGUAUAUUUGCUCCGAUGAUAAACGAAGAGAUCUUUACCUGGAAGGACUUUUGUGCAAUAUUCUUUGUAUUUGCUGGAACAACGCUUAUAGUUAUGAAUACAACAACCAGUCACAAAGUAUACACCUUGUGUGAGCUUAUGAAGAUGUAUAGACGUGUGGAAACAUUAUUAUGGUUUGGGUUUAUUAUUCUCAUAAUCGUGGUUCUUUUUGUUUUUAUCAAGUACAUAGAAAUUAACAGCAACUGGGAGCUUCCAGAUGAAAACAUGACAUUUCUAAGAAGAGAAGACGUCUGGUUUGAUGAAGAGGGAGUGAUUAUGAAAUACACAAUGGUUUUAGCUUAUGUGUGCUUGUCCUCGUUCAUAGCAUCCUUUACAACCUUGUCUGUUAAAAGUUUGGGAGAAAUGAUCGACAAAACCAUUGCAGGAGACAAUCAAUUUAUAUUUCUCACAACAUAUUUCUUUAUCAUAGUUCUUGUGAUCUGUACAUUCUUCCAGAUAUAUUGGCUCAAUAGGGCCCUGAGGCAUUACGACGCUUUGCUUGUGAUCCCGAUGUUCCAUGUAACCUGGACCCUCUUAAGUAUACUUACUGCAGGAAUUUACUUCAGAGAGUUUGAGCAGUAUACUAGCUAUCAGUUGGGUGUAUUUGUCGGCGGAAUAGGGCUGAUCUUUAUCGGAUCCAUCUUUCUAGGAAGUAGGAUAACAAACAAAGCUUGUAUCAAAACCAAAAACAUUAGGACAGUUCCAAAAAAGAUACUCAAGAACCAAUAA